AAUUAACAGAUAACAUUAUUACAGUGGGGGAGACCGGACUGCAUACAAGCACACUAUAAUCAAAAAAAUUCAUAUCGACCAUAAACUCACCUUGACUGUCAUAACAAUAGUAAUAUAUAUAAAGAGUUAUUAAGCAUUAUGGAGACUGGUUCAAAAAUACCUUUAUCACAUUCAUUGUGGUCACCCCAUGAUACUGUGAAAGAUGUUGCAGAAUCAUUAGGAAUAGCACUUCCUGAAGAAGCGGCUAAGAAUUUAGCAAUGGAUGUUGAAUAUAGAAUUCAUGAAAUAUUAGAAACAGCUAUAAAAUUUAUGAGACAUUCAAAAAGAAAACUUUUAAUGACUACUGAUAUUAAUCAUGCAUUAAAAGUACUUAAUAUUGAACCAUUAUAUGGUUAUGAUAAUUCGCAACCAUUAGUAUUUAAAGAAGCACUUGUAGGAGCUGGUGGACAAACUUUAUAUUAUAUUGAUGAUAAUGAAAUUGAAUUUGAAAAAUUAAUAAAUCAAGAAUUACCAAAAGUACCACGUCAAGCAACAUUUACAGCUCAUUGGUUAGCAAUUGAAGGUGUUCAACCAAUGGUACCUCAAAAUCCAUUACCUUCAGAAAUAAAAAGUUUACCACCAAUUCUUAGAGGUGCCACAUCUUCAAUGCUUGGAAGUGAUAUUUUAGCUGAUGAAAGUAAAGACUCAGAAAGUUCUAAAGAAAAGAAAGUUACAGAAAAAGAAACUGAAGUUAAACCUUUAGUAAAACAUGUAUUAUCAAAAGAAUUAAAAUUAUAUUUUGAUAAAGUUGUUGAAGUAUUAAUUUCAACUGAAUCAGAAAAGGAAAUUUUAAAGAAUGCUGCAUUAAAUUCUUUAAAGAAUGAUCCAGGUUUACAUCAAUUAGUUCCUUAUUUUAUCCAAUUUGUAGCUGAACAAAUAACAAAUCAAUUAAGAAAUAUAGAAGUUUUAUCAACUAUGUUAGAAGUAAUAUCUGCAUUAGUUGAUAAUAAAACUAUAUUUUUAGAUCCUUAUGUUCAUGCAUUAAUGCCAUGUAUUUUAACAUUAUUAUUAGCUAAAAGAAUUGGACCAGUUUUAAAAGAUUUAGAUGAUAUUGAAAAUCAAGAAUUAUUAAAAAAUCAACUUGCAGUAAGAGAAUUUGCAGCUAUAUUAUUAGAACAUAUUAUAAAAGUAUAUGGAUCAUCAUAUUCAACUUUAAGACCAAGAGUUACUCGAACUUUAUUAAGAGCUUUAUUAGAUUCUUUAAAACCUAUAGGUACUCAUUAUGGUGCAUUAUUAGGAUUAAAAAAUAUGGGUAAUGAAGUUAUAAAAUUAGUAUUAAUAGGUAAUUUAAAAGUUUGGUGGAAACUGGUAGUUGAAGAUGGUACUAAAUCUGAAUUUGAAAAGGGAAUAUUAUUAUCAACUACUAUAGAUAUUUUAAGAAGUCUUAAAGUAACUAAUGAAGAUGAUAUAUCAAUUGAUAGUGAAAUUAAUAAUGAAAUAAAAGAUAAAUUAAAGGAUAGACUUGGUGAUAAAUUAUCUAAUGCAAUAUUAGAACAAGAUGAUGCUUAUGAAAUUAUUAGAGGUUUAUUCUUUGGAGAAAUUGUUGUAUAAUAUAAUCUAAUCUAAUCUAUAAAUAAUGAUAG